AUGUGGCCCUCAAUCCCCAAUAUCGUCACCGCCAGGGUGAGCAGAACCCUCCUGGUGCUCACCAUAGUACUGCUGGUUCAGCAUGCCGCGGCCGACUGCGAGUGCGGCUACUCGGCCACGGUCAGCAACUCCUCCUCGGGCAGCCCCCAGCAGGAGGAGACCUUCGUCUUCACCGACCUCAUAGAGGCCAACUUCCCCAACAUCAGCGACGUCUCCAAGAACACGGACUGGGUGCGGCAGGAGUUCAACACCAGCGCGGCACAGGCGCGGGGAACCUAUGGCCAGAUGUUCGCCGUGGACAACGUCGAGACGAAGGAAGAGGCUGACGGCCUCCAGAUCACCGUCAGGAGCGGUGUGGUGGAGGGGAUGCUGAGCGGGGGCGAGAUCGACUCGGCGCGGCUGGACGUGUCGUAUGGCUCGUUCAGGAGCAGCUUGAGGCUGACUGAUGUGGCCGGGACGGUCUCUGCCUUUUUCUGGUACUUCAACGACACCCAAGAAAUCGACAUGGAGUUCCUCUCCAAGGACUUCCGCACAGAAAACUCCAGCUACCCAGUCCACCUCGUCCUCCAGUCCCCAGCCGCCGCAAAAGCCGGGUUCGACGCGUCAGGAACCCCGGGCCACGCGGUGGCCAACCUCCCCUUCGACCCCCGCGCCGGCUUCCACGAGUACCGCUUCGACUUCGUACCCGGCCGCGUCGCCUUCUACGCCGACGGCGCGGCGCUGGCGGUCCUGGACGACCGGGACUCGGUGCCCGCGGCGUCGUCGGCCGGGCACCUCGCCCUGAACCAGUGGAGCAACGGCAACGCGCUGUGGUCCGGGGGCCCGCCGGCCCGGGACGCGGCCAUGGAGGUGCGGUACGUCAAGGCGUACUUCAACAGCUCCGACGGGGCGAGGGUGCGCGACGCCGCGGCGAGGUGCGCGGACCCCGCGGCUGCUGGGGCGGUCUGCGCGGUCCCGGCUGUCACGGAGGGGGAUGACGGCGCGGCUGGGUUCUUCUUCACGGGGCAGAAGAACAUGACCGGUAACCAGACGGUGUCUGAUGAUAAUGGCGUGAGUGGUGGAGAUGAGGACGGGACUGUUGGUGUGCGGGUGACGUGGAUGUCGGUUGGCUUGUCUCUCCUGGUGGCUGGCUGGGGAGUGUUCCCCUGA